AUGGAGGCGAUCGGAUAUUCCAAAUCCGACCCCAUGAUCACGUGGUGCUCAGGCGGCGUCUCCCACCCGGUAGAAUGUGUAUCAAGCACCUGCUUCAUGCAACUUACCUUGUUCAGCGAGCAGAGUUUCAUUGAGCGCCGCCAUAUCGAAAUGGUAAUGCGGCAGCUCCAUCGCGACCAGUGCAGUGCGUCGCUCCGGGCGUGCACUGGAGUUCCGGUCCGUACGUCAAUGUAUAUAUAUAUGAACAUGAAGUUAGUAAGGGACACUGGUAUGUUCAUAAGUAAGAACUGCAUACGUGUACUUAUGCUUGUGUGUAAAUGCAUUAACUCCCGCAUAUCUGAU